UACAACGUGUUGCAUAAAGGCGGAAUCGGCGGUUCUCAAUCUCAACGAGCAGUUUAUGUAGUUUAUUAGUAAACUCUUUGCUCAGUUUCUUAGCCAAGUGUCCUUGUGUCUAUAACCUAUUUCUCAUUAAACACAUUUCCUUAAGUUACAAAAGUCAUUCAAACAUGAGUGACGAUAAUGAAAGAGACAGCAGGAAGAUGAAAAGAAAAACAGGUCCGGAUGAUUUAAAGGCGCCUGGGAAGAAGAGACAGAAAAUAAAAGACAAGAACGAAGAAAAGAGCGUCGCAGUGAAGAAAUCAGAAGCUCUCAUUGGUAAAGCUGACUCUACAAAAACUAAAGUGACGCUUUCUAGCAAAGACAAGGACAAAGGGAAAAAAAAUAAAUCUGCCCACUCAACAGACUGGUCUGAGGAUAAGAAAAACGACUCAGAUGGCGGCAAAAAUACCUCUGAAAUAAAGAGGAAUGAGAAAGGACAACUUGUGUUUAAAGACCACCCAGAGUUCACACCUAACAUGUCUCCUAAAGAGGUUUUACAGGCCGGCAGUUUUGGGGGUACCUAUUUUAGGCCCAUCUACUCCAGUAUCACAAAGCAACAUUACAAAGAUGUUUGGCAGGAGAUUCCCAAAGACUGGCUGGAUGGGCUAAACAUAUCUAAACAGGUGGCUUCAUCCACGUACAGGGAAAACGUGAACACCUAUAAUGUAAAAUGUGGAGGCAGUCUAGAUAUGUGGGAAAGCAGUGGCUGGAUUGUGCCCCAGGAUCCAUAUGGCUGGUUCCAGUGGUACUGCAGGUUUUACCAGGGCAGGCGAACAGAGGACGAUGCACGCCAGAUCAGUCGCUGGGCCAAAUGUGCAGGAGUCAAAGGUCGGUGGCGGCAGAAUCUCAUCACAAAAGUGGUCCGGUCCGGUUGUGUUUAUGACAACCCCAGUGUUUCCCCGGUGGUCAGACAGACUCUGCAGCACUGGGGCUACAAACUCACCCUGGAGGACUAUAAGGAAGGAGCAAAGAGAGUUAAACCCAAAUAGGAUUAACAGACUUCCAAAUUGGCCUCAUUCGAUUUACCACAAAGUGCAGAAGAAAGCUGGCCAUACUGCAUGGAAAUAAACUCACAAAUCUGAUUAAAUCAUUGAUGCUUUGUGUGACUGAGGGACUUGUUUAGCUGAGUAGACCUGUGGUAAUAGUACUGCUGUAUUUGGUUCCCAUUGGACGUGUUUUCUGUAAGCUGUUUUGGUAAAUAGAAAAGUUUGAAUAAUGGUCUAUUUUUAAAAUUUGGAUCCGAAGCAGACAUGAAUUGUUUUUUUCUUGUCGCAGUUGUACACUUGCGUGCCUUUGGAGGAAUGUGUUUAGGUUUAUUUUAAAUACAUGCUGAACAUGCUUAUCUAUUUGACUACACUGUGUCAUAUACAAACUUUCCAUUCUGUCAUCUCUGAAUGGAGUUUUUUAUUUUAGUUUUUUGGUGACACUACACAUUGCACCAUUUGGUUUUUAGAAACAGGUGAAACUUAAUCAGAAACAUUUAUUAUAUUGGUAAUUUCUGUUAUGCAGUACAUUUUCAUGCCCUUUGUAUAUGUAUUGAUAUAUUAGUUGAUAUACUCGUUCUUUGAUGUUUUAUGGUAUUGGUUGGUUUGUCUCACUUUCUAUCCUAUCAGAUAAUAUUUCAGAAAUGUAUAUGAUGAUAUAUAAAAAUCAAAACAAUUUUAAAACCAAUUCUAAAAAUAAACUUGACGGGCUCAUAUAAAUGAACCCCGA